AUGCAACCACCGCAUAACCCCUCACCACCUUCCUCCAUGGAAACCCACCUCAGAAAACCCUCCUCCGGCGACACCGCGGCCUUCUCGUUCCCUAGCACGCCGGGGGCCAGCCACGACUCCUCCUCUUCGCCGUCGUCGUCUGAUGACUUCGAGUUCGGCUGCCUCACCCCGGACUCCCCCUCCGGCGACCCCAACAAAAACUCCCCAGCCGACCACCUCUUCUUCAAUGGCCGGCUCCUCCCCCACGCCUUCCCGUCCCGCUCCCCGGCCGCCAAUUCACCCCUCGCUCGUGCCGUCUCCCGCAGCACGAGCCGCACGAGCAGCGUCAGCAGCAAGGACUACUCCCUCGUCUCCUCCCGCAGCAACAGCACCAACAGCAGCUGCAGCAGCAGCGCCAGGACGAGCUCCAGCGACAACUCGGAGAGAAGAUCAACCUUGUCGUAUUGCCGUCAGGGCAGCAAAACGACAUUGAACGGACCGGGAUCAAGCAAGGUGGUUUCGGCUCGUGUUUAUGGUUCCUCACAAAGAUGGCAGUUUAUGGCCCCAGUUCCCGCCUUGAGCCGGGACGGCUCACGGCGGAGGAAAGUCAUGGAAUUGAGAAAUGAGAAGAAUGGUCAAGAAAAGAAGGCUGUAGCGAAGCGGCGGCGAUGGCGGCUCGGCCGGAGACUUUUUCGGUGGUUUGUGACGGCCUGCAAUGAGUGCCAUGCAAUUGAACCGUCAAGGAAAGAUGGAGUUUCGAGAGGGAAUGUGAAUUUGCCAUGCAAUUGA